AUUUAGAACAAGAGGGUGCUUGAAAAUCCCAAAGGACCCAAACCAAUGUCAACCGGGUCAUAAACCGAACACACUAACUUCCUUCUUCUCUAUUGUUCUUAAACCCUUCCGAUUCAAUUAGAAAGCAAAAAUCUUUCAAAUGAUUAGAGCCAGUUACCACAUACGAGCUUCAUUCAGAUUCAUCCCUCAAACCCUCGCACAAAAAUCAAUCUUUCCUCCUGUUUCAAUCACCCCUUCUUCUUCGUUCCCUAAUUCACAGAUACGCCACACACACGAAGACGCAGACGCAGACGCAGAUGACUACAAUAAAGAUCCAGAUUCCCCUCCAAGAUUGUUCGUUGUACAACCUCGUUUUCGACCUGAUGCCAUAUUGAAAACCAAGCUCGAUGAAGCUCUCAACCUUGCGAAUUCACUUGAAGAACAGCGAGAUGGGUACUACGGCUCCGAUUUUUCGAAGAAAGAAUCCCCCCCACAUCUUGUUGUGCAAAAUCCAGCUUAUCGAUCAAUUCGGGCAGAUACUUUCUUUGGACCAGGAACUGUUGACAACAUUAAAUGCCAUUUAAAUGCUGAAGAUUCAAAUGAUGGAGUAGAUGCAGUGUUUGUGAAUGGAAUUUUAUCAGGAAUUCAACAGAGAAACUUAGAGCGGGCAUGGGGAAAAGCUGUUUUAGAUCGUGUAGGUCUCAUCAUUGAGAUAUUUCAUGCUCAUGCUCAAACAAAGGAAGCAAAACUACAGGCCGAGUUAGCUGCUUUGAUGUAUAAAAGAACCAGACUUGUUCGCAUACGUGGCAGCAAUGGCCGCUCCACAUUUGGUGGAGAAGCUGAAGUCGUUAGUGCCAAAGGGAGAGGAAGUGGUGGACGUGGGUUUAUUAGUGGUGCGGGAGAAACCGAACUUCAACUUCAAAGAAGAAGAAUCAUCGAACGGAAAAAUCAAUUAUUAUCCGAAAUAAAAGAUGUUCGCCGUACACGCGCUCUGCAACGCGCGUCCCGCAAAAGACAUGGAGGCUCAUACGGUCAAGACAUGCCAACUGUCGCUAUCGUUGGGUACACAAAUGCUGGGAAAUCUACAUUAGUUAGUGCACUUUCGGAUACUUACCUCUUUUGUGACAAUCGGAUGUUUGCAACGGUUGAUACUAAAGUACGAAGUGUUAUUCUUCCAUCAGGGAAGAAAGUGCUCCUUAGUGACACUGUGGGAUUUAUAUCGGACUUGCCUAUACAGUUAGUGGAAGCGUUUCAUGCUACAUUGGAAGAAGUUGUUGAAGCCGAUCUUCUUGUGCAUGUAUUAGAUUCAAGUGCACCUAAUCGCGAUCAACAACGAGAGUCUGUGUUACAAGUUCUUCAACAAAUAGGAGUAUCCACUUCAAAACUCGAAAACAUGAUUGAGGUUUUAAACAAGAUUGAUCUUCAAGACGUUAAAAUGUCUGUAAAUGAAGAAGCCAUGGAUGAUGAUGAUGAUGAUGAUGAUGAUGAUGAGUGGAUUUCUUGUGAAGAUGAAGUGAAAUGGGAUGAUGUUAGUGAAUCAUUUGUCGGAUGGAAGACGUUAGAGGAUCAACCAAAAGACGUUUCUAACCUUAAGGGUGUGAUUAAAAGGGAUUUUGAAUGUUUAUCUGAAUAUACCCCACAUGUUAAAACCUCGGCUUUAACUAAAGUUGGGUUACAAGAGUUGCUAGAGCUUAUUGAUGAUAAGUUGAAGACUGAGAAAGUGGUGGAGAGAAGUGUAUUUGAACGUAAAUGGAGGCCACAUAGAGAGGAGGAUACGAAUGUUGUAGUUUGAUAGUUUUUUUUUUUUUUUAUUUU